AUGCCGUACUGGUUCGCUUGCCCACGCUCUCCCACGUUAACCACACAUCCCCUCGUCGCAAUUGCUAGUAGUAAACAUACCGCGCUUCAGAUCGUCACCCGCGCUCCCCUCAUCACCCUCGUCGACCCACACCGAUCCUCGCCGCCCUCACCUCCCUUGGUCACCAACAUUCCCUCUCGUCGCUCGCGCUUCCCCUCAUCACCCGUGCCGACCCUCGCCGCCCUCGCCUCCCCUCGUCGCCCGCGCGUCCCGUCGUCGGGCUUGCCUCCCAGUCACUCGCGCUUCCCCUCGUCAUCCGCGUUUCCAUCCGCUCUUCCCCUCUCCCCAUCUCACCAUCUCCAGCCCAUCCUUCCUUCCUCAUUCCUUCCGAAGGGGUGGGACAGAUGGGGAGGAACAGAUGGGGAGAAACAGAGUUCCAUCCAUCCUCUUCCCUGUUUUCCCGUAUCCCCUGCCGUGCUUCCCCCCAUCCUAUCCCCUCUUACCCCGUAUCCCCUGCCCUGCUUCCCCCCAUCCCCUUCCCUGCUUCUCCCCAUCCCCUUCCCUGCUUCCCCCCAUCCCCUUCCCUACUUCCCCCCAUCCCCUCCCCUGCUUCCUCCCAUCCCUUUCCCUGCUUCACCCCAUCCCCUUCCCUGCUUCCCCUCAUCCCCUUCCCUGCUUCCCUCCAUCCCCCUCCCUGCUUCCCCCCAUCCCCCUCCCUGCUUCACCCCAUCCCCUUCCCUGCUUCCCCCCAUCCGCUUCCCUGCUUCCCCCCAUCCCCCUCCCUGUUUCCCCCCAUCCCCUUCCCUUCUUCCCCCCAUCCCCUCCCCUGCUUCCUCCCAUCCCCUUCCCUGCUUCACCCCAUCCCCUUCCCUGCUUCCCCCCAUCCCCUUUCCUGCUUCCCCCCAUCCCCUUCCCUGCUUCCCUGCUUCCGAGGGAUGGGGAGGGGGGACAAGACUAAAGUCAAACAGGGGAGAUAGGGAAGAGGGGGGAGAGGAAAGCAGGGCUGCUUCCCCCCUCCCUCUGCCCUGCUUCCCCCCUCCCUCUGCCCUGCUUCCCCCUCCCUAUGCCCUGCUCCCCCCCUCCCUACGCCAAGCUUCCCCCCUCCCUUCGCCCUGCUUCCCCCCUCCCUCCACCCUGCUUCCCCCCUCCCUCCGUCUGCUUCCCCCCUCAUUCCUCCUUGCUUCUCCCCUUCCACCUCCCUGCUUCCCCCCUCCUUCCUCCCCACUUCCCCCCUCCCUCCUCCCUGCUUCCCCCCUCCCACCGCCCUGCUUCCCCCCUCCCUAUGCCCUGCUUCCCCCCUCCCUCUGCCCUGCUUCCCCCCAUCCCCUUCGCCCUGCUUCCCCCCUCCCUCCGCCAAGCUUCCCCCCUCCCUUCACCCUGCUUCCCCCCUCCCUCCGCCAGGCUUCUCCCCAUCCCCUUCCUUGCUUCCCCCCAUCCCGCUCCCUGCUUCCCCCCAUCCCCUUCCCUGCUUCCCCCAUCCCGCUCCCUGCUUCCCCCCAUCCCGCUCCCUGCUUCCCCCUAUCCCCUUCCCUGCUUCCCCCCAUCCCCUUCCCUUCUCUACACGGUGCAUAG